CAGCACUCCUCCUCUCAGGGCUGCAAGCAUUUGUGUAAAUGCAUAAAUGCUUUUUUCAUACACACUUUAGUGGAUUUUGCAUAACUUGCCCAAAAAGACGUUAUAACCUGCUUGUCUAUAAGAGCAUAGAGAGGUGGAGCAGCAUUAAAAUGAAAGUGUGAUUUGGUCUUAAACGCUCUCUUUUAAGUUAAUGCGUGUUCAGGUGAGCACGCGAGCAGCGCUUCUGGACGAUGGACGUAUUGGAGCGACAUCAAUGACUCUUUGGGACUUGUUAAUAAACUCGAGCGGAUAAGUUGCUUCUGUUGGAUGCCCGAGUUAGCUCUGUUUUGAUGGGACGUUUCAGAAAUGAUGGAUUUUGACAUUAUAUUGACAUUACACUAAGCAUGUGUUGCGCGUUUCGGUGCAUGCAGACGAUGUGCAGGGACGCAGUCUGUGGUUUACCGAUGUCGGACGAACAGGUGUUCAUCUGUGCUCCUCACCAUCUCAGUUUUGACCUUUCGGACUUGGAGCAGUAAAGCACAAGCAAAUCAGCACUUUGUUUAAAAAAUUUAUAAUCUCACACUGUCAGUCGCUUGACAGCCUCACUGGACUCAUGGGUACUGUACUGUCCCUCUCUCCGGGUCCCAGGAAACCUGGUUAUUAUGACGAUCGGCCCGGUUCCCUAAGCCAUUACCCGAGCCUGAGCAGUCGCUCUCUGAACACUCAGAAGGACCGCAGUCUCAAACGCGGCCAUUCCAUCUUCCUCCCUACUCUCACCUGGAAGCGGCUGGUAGCCUCCACAAAGAAGCGGGGCGAGUCCAAAAAAUGCUACCCUGGAGGGCAGGGGGCUGUCGGGGCUCCUCUAAACAACAAUAACAUCUACCACAAGGACCCGGUCUUGCACCUCAACCACGAGAAUGUGAAAAAGUCACUGUCCUGUGCCAACCUCUCCAGCUAUGAAGGUCCAGCAGGUCUGGGCUUGGGCGUUGGGUAUGGAAAACCACAGCAGAUUUCCUCGGUAAAGAAGAUUCCACCUGUGUGCACGUCUUCACCCAAGCGUGUGAUCGUCCAGGCCUCGACCAGCGAGCUUCUUCGUUGCCUAGGUGAGUUUCUUUGUGGUCGCUGCUAUCAGCUUAAGCACCUGUCUCCUGCGGAUCCAGUUCUGUGGUUGCGCGCUGUGGACCGUUCGCUCUUGCUGCAAGGCUGGCAGGACCAGGCCUUUGUCACUCCAGCUAAUGUGGUUUUUGUGUACAUGCUGUGCCGUGACGUGGUGGACGGUGACCUGGUCACUUCUGAGCAUGAUCUCCAAGCGAUUCUGCUGACCUGCCUCUACCUGUCCUACUCCUACAUGGGAAACGAGAUCUCUUAUCCCCUCAAGCCCUUCCUCGUGGAGGCCACUAAACAGGCAUUCUGGGACCGUUGUCUGGCCAUUAUUGACAUCACCAGCGCAAAAAUGCUGCGCAUCAAUGCAGACCCACAUUUCUUUACACAGGUCUUUGCUGAUCUGAAGAGCGAAGGAGGAUGUGGACUGCAGGACUACGCUCGAGUUUUGGAUCGGUGAACAGAGGACACGGCAGAUUGUCUCUGCUAAUGUAAUGUAGUCUCCAGCAACCGCUGUUGCCACCAUCAUUCCGUAUUUUUGGUUCCAUAUGUCACAUUGUAUAAGUCUCAGUUUUGCUGAACAUUCUGAAAGAAAAGUAAUAAUGUGACAUGAAGAGGAGGAUGUUAUAUGGAGUUAAUAACGUGGGAGUAUGUGAUGGACAGGGUUCACAGCUGUUGGUUAUUCCGUUGCCCUUCCUUUAUUUCAUGUGCUGGACGUUGGGGCACAAGAUGAAAUAGCAUUAACAAGAUUAACAGAUUAGUGUCACAAACACACACACACAGUGCCUCUCUUUGCUCACCAGUCUUUAGGUUGUGUGGCUAAUCCAUGCCGGCAAUGCCCAAUCCUUUAUGUUCUGUCCCUAGCGUUUUGUUUUUUGUGUGUAAGGUUUAAAUGUACAUCCCGUGCCAUUUCAACCUUAAAUUAUAUGAACAGCGAGGCCUGGAAUCCCAGUUUUAGUGUUGUUAGGUCACAAAUGUAUCUGCAUCUUUCUUUCAGUGGAGGAAACUUGUGAAGUUACUGCCCGUCAUUAUUAUGGAGGUCAAAAGAAAUGGCAUUCUGUUCUAAAAUCAGGACAAAAUCGUCCCCGUUUAGUUUCUUGAUUCAUUAGUGAGAAUUAUGACAAAGAACAAAAAAAAUGUUUCUAUUACAGGCAUUUUGCCUGUUGCCUUUUUUUAGAUAGACAAAGCAUUAAAGAAGCCAGAAAGUGAUGAUUUUCAGCCUUGUCAGCGUUUAUCUUCCAACUUUACCAAGCCUGGAAAAGGAAGAUCGACGUCUAAAAGUUUCAGUUGGGUCAAUCAUUGUAAAAUACAUACGAAAAAACGUAUAUACCCUGUAUUGGCACUUGUGCACACUCACUUGAAUACAACAAAUGCUCUCUUCUCUUCUCUUCUCUUCUCUUCUCUUCUCUUCUCUUCUCUUCUCUUCUCUUCUCUUCUCUUCUCUUCUCUUCUCUUCUCUUCUCUUCUCUUCUCUUCUCUUCUCUGGGUGUUAAAGUGUGACUGUUCUGUUGGGUCAGACAGAAAAGCAGAGACCGCAGCAUGCGGCAUGGCAAAUGCUUUGUUAAUCUUAUUGUGGCGUUUUACAGCAGUUCAAUGGGCUCCAACCUCAGACUCCCUCACAGAAGUCGGCUUUUACCACUUCACCAACACCUGUUAUACAGAAUAAGCACACGUGCUUACUCAAACCAACCCAUGACCACUGCUCAUAGAUUUUCAAUCUUAUUAUAAUGAACACAAUGAUACGCAUGUGCAAAUGCCCACGCACAAAUAAAGUAUAAUCCGCUCUUGAGCCGGCAAUCGGAUAGAGUGAGCCGAACAUGUCACAAUAAUGAAAUGCCAUUCAGAUCUAGAUCAUCUUACUGAAACUAGCAGCAAACACAGGUCUUACUGUAUUUGGACAUAGUGUUUUGUUAGUAAAAAGAUUGUAUGGCUUCCUGGUUGUAAUCAGUUAUGUUGGUGUAAAUUGGACUUUUCCGAGUUGGGUUGAUGACUUUGGGCUGUAAAAGAUCUCCAUAUCUAUUUAAGCCACUGGUUGUAUUUAUUUUACCCUCAGGAGAUGAUGUUAUUUACAGUACAGACUUCACUUCUAGUCAUUGACACAGAUUUUGUGGCAUAUUAUUAAAUAUAAAUAUCCUUUGUGAGCCUCCCAUCCUCGCUUCUGUCACAAACACAUCACUUGUUGUCCGUGGUCAAAGGGUUUGAGUUUUAUUCUGUAGUGAGAGCAAAGAGGACUGUUGUUACAGGGUUCACAGCCUUAGCGAUAGGCUUGUUCUGUGUGGAAUGAUCUGCUGCGGUGGGGGUCAGGCAGAGACACGCAGUGUUUCCAACUAGGACGGCUUGCGCUUAGACUCUCGUGUCUGGCUCGCCCCCAUGCCUCUCUGCUGGAACUGUCUGCCCAUUGUUUCUUUCCAAUGUGUGCUGAAGCUCUGUGUUAUAUCUGCCUUCAAGUACUCCUGGUGGGAAGUUCCCACUUUAUGAGUGUUCAUGGUGUGAAUAAAAUAUCAACAUUAGGCAGUUUUAUAUUUGGGUGUUUUGAUAUUCUUGCACUGCCGCAAAGGAUGAUGCAAAAUGUAGUGUUGAUGCUAAAGAGAAAAACUAAAGCAAGACUCCAUACAAAUUAAUAUUUUAAAACAAUUUAUGAUCAAACCAAAUUAGCUUUCACAUUUUUCAAUAGACAACUUAUAAUAAAGCUUCACACUGUUAAAUUCAACAUUGUUGUGGUGGUGCAUUUUCCCUGUGAAUACGAUCAUACAGAGAUGGCUUGAAGGCAGCAUAGGAAUUCUCCUGUUUAUGUUGUUCAGUCAGUUGUUUGCUUGCUCUGAAAUUAGGAUGUAGGGUGAUAAAUGACUCUUGUACUGUGUAUUUGUGCCUUGAUCUGAUUACGAACUACCCCCUAAAUACAUCAUUGUUAAAUAUCACCUUGGCAACCACUUACUAAAUCCCAUUUGUGACCCGUAGUCCCCAAGUGAAAAAAAAUCACAAAUAAACACAAAAGCAGUAUCAAGGGAAGCUGUUGGAGCCAGUCUAAUGUACUCAGGCAAUGUUGAUUCAUCACAAUUCAUGAGCCAUUUUAUUCUGUUUGUUAAAUGUACUGUAUUACUGUAUGCUGUUUGUUGCCAGACAUAUUUCAUCUGUUGUCAUUCAAUUAAAUGGAACUGAAAUGGAACGGCAAACAUCUUUGAAGGAAAUGCAUUCUCCAACAUUUCGUUUUAUUAAACCUCAAACAUCCACUUGACUGCUGUACGUGGAGAUUUCUAAUGUGACAAAACAACAUGCAGAGACUCCUAUGGAUUUUCCAUGUAGAUCAUUUCAUGGAGUGGUGUGUUUGAAUAAAAAGCAAAAGGGACUACUGAGUUACCAUGAUGAGACAAGUUCUAGACUACUGAAUUAAAGACACAUGAUGCAAACAGAUGAAAAGACAUGAUGCACAUACUUCAUGUCUCUCUUUUUGGACUCAGGAUGUGGAAAUUAAAUGGACUCUAUUGAACGGCUGCUAGAUUUACCAAUGUAUUCAAUGCUGCUAAAUAUAUGUAGAACAAAAACGUCAUGUAGAGUCUCUUAUCGCAGACUGCAGAGACAGAAGCAUAACCAGUGUGGUGUAAAUAUGUUACUUGUAUCAAUAUGAAAACUGCAUGUAUAUCAUUCAGGAAUCUACUGUGGUGGUGUACAUCUGAACUUGACACUUAAUUUUUUUAUUAAUUGUAUUUUUCUUUAUUUAAAAUUUAAGUUCAAGGUUCAAUGGAACUUUUAUUUGUUGUAAUUGUCAUUAUUAUAAUUAUUGUUAUUUUUACUGAAAAGGACCCUCAUCCCAAAUUUGGGAAAUCUUGUGACAGUAUUAGAAUGUUAAUUUCAGGCUUUUCUUUGCAUUAUUGUUGUUUUAGAUGUAGUUGUUUCAGUAACAGCUUGCUCUGUGCAAUUUGAAUACUGAAUACAGAAAUAUCUGGAAAUCAGGCUUUGAUGGUGCGAAAAUGUCAUACCUUGGCAGCAUAAACAGCAGUGCUGAAGCAGAGAUGUUGAAGUGUUGGGGUCAGGAUGAGGAGAUAUGGCCAAGGUUGCCACGUUGGACAUCAGGAUGCUAAACACAGAUCAUAGACUCUAAUUAGAAUCAUCCAAAAUGUUUCAAAACGCUUUGGAUGAUUACAUGAAAUAAUGGCUUAAGGUGACAUCAGCUUUCAAAAAAUGUGUCUCACCAUAAAUGAAUGCAUCCAGAUAUAAUCAAUUAUCCCCAAUCAGCCCAACGCUUGUUCCACAACGGCCUGUGGUAAAAGGCCUUGAAAACAAUGAGACAUAUGGGAUAUUUUUGGGACGGACCCCAUUAUCCGUGGUCAGAUUCUUUCCUCUCCUCUUAAAAUCAUCUUGUUCCAUCCUGCUGUUGGCACAAGGAGUCUUUCUCUUGAUAUUGUAUACAUGCAUACAGUUUAAAGUAGCUCAUAAAGUGAUGAUGAUGUUUGGAAAAUUUGAAAAAAGAAAAAAUGUGACUUCUAAUGGUGAUUUUUUCGAUUGUUUGGUUAUUUAAUAAAGUAUUGAAUAUUAAGCAUUGAGUAUUGAUUAAAAUAAAAGUUAUGUCGGAUGGCCGGCAAGUGAUUCAAUUUUAAUGAAUGAUUAAAAUAUUAAUGUCGGAGAUACCCUGAGCCUGGAGAUGGAUGUGAUAUGAAUAAACAUUGCUCAUAAGCAUCUGUCUAAAUAGUA